AUUUUAUGAAAACAAUGAAGAUGGACAUGGACAAUUGAAAAUCAUGACAAUCAUAAAAUAAAUUCCUUAAGCAAUCUGGUAAGGGAAACUUUGCUUAUCAGGAUCAGCAGACUGAUCCUGAUAAGCAUAAUCAGCAUAAUAAGUUUAAAAGAUGCAACAGGUGGACAAAAUUUACAUUUUCAGAUCAUGACUCUUAGUUCCUCUUCUUUAAUGAAAAAUAGCUUCCCUAUAUAACCUCCCACACAUUCAAAUGAGGACCAAACAAGCGCGUUUUUAAAGCACUGAUGACAGAGGAUUUAAUUCGUGACGCGAGUUCGUCGCGCGCAAUUGCGCGUGGGUUCUGCCCUGUACGGCACGAGCUGUACAGGUAUAAAACCAGGAGACGCACAACUCAGAGUGCAGAAAAUCGGAGCAGUCAACACCCACCGAGCGAGAAGUGCAAUCAAGACCUCAUUCAAGGGAGUAUGCAUCCAAAUAUGAAAAUGUGGAUCGGCUGGGCAGCAUGCGCCUUCCUCUUGUUUGCCUGCUUGGGAACUCUAACGGAAGGGUAUCCAACUAAACCCGACAACCCUGGAGAGGACGCACCUGCGGAGGAGCUCGCCAAGUAUUAUUCUGCACUAAGACACUACAUCAACCUCAUAACACGGCAGAGGUAUGGCAAAAGGUCCAGUGCUGACACCUUAAUUUCAGACCUUCUGAUUGGUGAAACAGAGUCCCACCCCCAGACAAGAUAUGAGGACCAUUUGGUGUGGUGAUUCCAGCAACUAUGUUGAUCCAGUUAUGUCCAUGUGUCAUCCUGUUAACUAUUACGACAAACAGAUCUUAUAAAAUUGAAAUCUUCUGCAUCAUCAAGAUCAGCAACUUGCUUGAAAAAAGCCACAGCCA